ACAAGAAAGAAAUCCAAACAAAGAACAAGUAAUUCGCGUAUUUUUGUUAAUUUUCGAACAAAUUCUCACCAAAAGUGUCACAAAAGCGUCCUUUUUGUGUUUGAAACUACUUUUUCCCACGUAAAUGCUCAUGAGCACUUGAAAAUUCUGUUAGAUGGGCGAUGGAAGAUGAGGAAGCGUGCCCCGUAAACUUCAAUAUCGUGCCCGAUGAGCCAAUAAACACGAAAUUCGGGUAUUGUCGCUUCUGUCAUGGUUGCAGGUCGAAAUUUUGCUGCACAAAAUGCGUUCAAGCUGGAAAUUUUAUCCAUUCCACGAGCUUCAUCAAGGAGAGUUUGGUGGAAAAACAAAUCCGAUUAGCGAAUUUGCGCAAGGCACUCACUCUGCUAGACGAAAAAGCUGACAUUGUCUUCACCAAAAGGAAGCAAUACGAGGAUUUAGCGUGUUCCAUCGAAACGCGGAAGAAAAAUAUCGAAAAUUUGAGACUUUUGAUCAAGGAGAAGAGAGAAAGUAUCGCUGCUGAUAAGGAAAUUAAUGAAAAAUUGACGAAAGAAAAUGCAAAUAAGAGUUAUUUCAUGCCGCGGUAUGGCGAAAAGGUCAAAAGACUCGAGGAUUAUGUCUUAAGCAAGAUUGAUGAAGUGACGGCGGCACGAAGGAAGCACACGGAGCAAUUCGCCGAGCUGCAAAUGGUUGUGCGAAACAAUAUUGAGGCGAUUUGCAAGUAUAUUUUCCCCAUCAAACACAUUGCGGGUCCUCAGGAUUUGCGUCAAGACACGGAAAAUGUCAUUUCUGAAGCGACUCACACGGUUUGCGUCAAAGGAUCGUGGCAGCUGCAAGACAGCGGAUGCACAUCGUGUUACAUAAUCGUGGCGCCGCAUCUCUCCUCCGACGGCGACUAUAAUAUUUACAACGAUUGGGUGCUCACGAACAAAGACGCCAUCCCGACGUCAUCCAGCAACAAUUUGCAAUCCGAAACGACGACAAUCGGCAAUUCGGCAUAUCGCAUCUCAGCUGCCCUCACGUAUACGGCGCAACUCGUGCAACUACUUUCCUUCUAUCUGGACACGCGCCUUCCCUACAAACUGAAUUUUUGUGAUUUUUGCAAAGUGAACAUGUCCGAGAAGAUGUUCAACUACAAAGUGCAGCGUCUCAACGCCAACAUCCUCCAUUUGUGUUACACGCAAAAGAUGAAACUGCCCCAACUUCAUCCGUCGCAUACUUUGGAGAAUUUGUACAAACUUUUGUACACAAAUGCGUCAAAUCUCGGGUAUCGCGGCUUUGUCGAAGUCGUUAAUUGCAUGCAAGAUCACGAAAAUCACCAAUUCGCGAAGCAAUUGCAUCAGAAUCAAACGCACAGUAGUUUCGAUAGUGACACUGAGGACUCGGAUGAGGCGGCGCUCACACACGAAUGGGAAUCUGUGCCGCAUAACGUCUUUGAGGGAGCCACGGGACACAAUUUGCAUGCGAUUCCGCAACAAGCACCGACGAUGCCCGCUAGUUUUGUCACGUCUUUUACGUCAAUGUUCCGAUGGAAGUAAUUUAUUUAAUUUUUUUUUUAUGAAUGACCUUUAGAGUAGCGAGAGAGAAUUUAUUUAUGACGAUGAUAGAUGAUGAAUAGUAUAUUUUAAGGAGAAUAUAUAACGAAUGUUCUGUGAAAAAAAGAGAUUA